AUAAUUACUUGCUAUUCUGCGGUCACACUGCUCAGCUUGGGCUCGGUUUUGUUUUUAUUUUAUUAAACCAUAGUUUAAAUAGCUGUAAACUGCAUAAUUUGUUUAGAAUUGUUUGGCCAAAACAGAGUACCUGUAUCACCACUCAGACAAGCCGAAGCACAUAAAAGAGCGAGCUGUGGAACGAUUGGAUUUUGUGGCCAGGAGGCAUAAUUAAGAUUAAGAAACAAUCGAAUUUUAUAGCAAAAUGUGCCUUUAGUCUGAUGAGCAGAGUGCCAUCUGAAGAAGUGUCAAUGUCAUUCACAAGAAAACAGAAUAUGUUCUCAAAAAGCGGAAUCCUGGCCGGCCUCCUAGUGCUCCAUUUAGUUGGCCUGGCCACUCCCCAGUUGUCUGGAGAUCUGCCUUUGGGCCAAGCGGAUCCGGGCCAGUCCGGGCAGCAGCCGCAAUCAUAUCAGCCCAGCUACAACAAGGACUAUUCGCCGCGGUACAAUCCCCUGUAUACGGGACAGCAACAGAGCCCGGAGUCCAGCCAGUUCGACAAUCCUUUGCUCGACGGCCAAAGCCCCAGCACCUACAAGGGCUACUACGAUAGCAGAGUAGGAGCUGGAGGCACCGUAGUCGGGCCUGGAAAUAACCUGGGUGGACUCGGCCCACAGUAUGACCCCUUUAACCGAAACAGUAUUGGCGCGGCGGGAAUUAACUAUCGCGACGCCUACAGUGACGAGGACAACUUUUGUCCGGAGCACUGGGUCUCGUUUAGGCAGACAUGCUAUCGCUUUAUUCGUUCGCCCAAGCGCAACUGGGCUGAGGCGAAGAAGAUAUGCAAGGCCUACAGUGCGGAUUUGAUAAACGUAGACAACGUGGAGAAGCACUCAUUUAUACUCAAGAACCUCAUACUGCAAAAUCAACGGCAGAACAGAUUCUUCAUCUCUGCGCGCCAGACGGGACCCCUUAAUUGGGUCAACGAUGACAACACCCAGCUGGUACAGAUUGAGGACUCCUUUUCCAUGGAUGAGCACGUGCCCCUGGAAAACGAGGAUCUGCACGACAAUCGGUUCCUUGUGCAAAACGACUUGAAUAACCGAAAUCUCAACAAUCCCAAUCAGUUCUACAACUCUCUGCCUGGCACCGUUAAUCAGCGCAAUCAGAACAACCUACGCGGCUUUAUAGGUCCUAACCAGCCGUACGGAGAGAACGGAUAUGUGCGCGAUCGCGUUGUCUAUGCUUUUUCGAAGAAAAGGGAUCGAUGGAUGUUUAUGCCGGCUUAUGAAAUUGAACUCAAUCUCUUUAUCUGCGAGUCUAAGGUACUAUACAGUCCAGACAAUGUUAACAUAAAAUUGGACGACAAGCGACCCUACCACUAUGGACUGGAUAUUACUGAUAUGGAACGUAUUCCACGAGGUCCUUAUUUCGUAAAGAUGCCAAACGACACUACUUUCGAUGUGAACAAGAAUCGCCUGAUCAAUGAUGUAACAUUAAGCUGUUUGGCCGGUGGUUUUCCAACGCCCUCAUACUACUGGUACCGCGAAGUAUACGUAGACGACACACUCGAAUACCAGAAAAUCGAUCCACUGGCGCAGGAUCGAUACACUAUUUCUGGAGGCAACUUGAUUAUCUACGAGCCUAAGCAGGCACUAGACCAAGGCUCAUAUCAUUGCGUGGCAGAAAACAAAUUUGGACGCAUUCGUUCAGAAAGUGCGCAUCUGAACUUCGGUUUCAUCAUGGAGUUUAACUUAAAACGCUCUGCAGAGACGAGCGAGAUGAACUGGGGCAAAUCGAUAUUCUGCGACCCACCUCAGCACUAUCCCGACGUUCGAUAUUACUGGGCUCGUGACUAUUUCCCGAAUUUCGUAGAGGAGGACCAGCGUGUAUUCGUAUCUCGAGAUGGCGCCCUUUAUUUCUCCUUUAUCGAAACCGUGGACCGAGCCAACUACUCGUGCACUGUACAGACCCUUGUAUCGGAUACUGGCCGCAAUGGCCCCUUUUUCCCGCUACGCGUAACUCCAAACAGUAACUAUCAGGCACUGAUAUUUGCCAACACGUUUCCAAAAGUCUUUCCGGAGGCGCCUGUGGCAGGUGACGAGAUCCGGCUGGAGUGCAUGGCCUUUGGUUACCCAAUUCCGUCGUAUAAUUGGACUCGACAAGGACUACCUCUUCAACGCAAUGCUUACACCAUCAACUAUGGACGUGUGUUAAUCAUCCAAAACGCAACCACGAACGACAACGGCGAGUACUCCUGCACGAUCACCAAUCCCCGAAAGACGCUGAUGAAAAGCAUCUAUAUCAACAUACAAAUGCGCCCACAGUUUACUAUUCCUCUCAAAGAUAUGAUCAAGGACUACAACAGCGACGUAACUUUCAUAUGCGAGGCCUUUGCCAUCCCGGACGCGAACUACACUUGGUACAAAAAUGCCGAACGUCUCGAUCCCGGGACUAUUAAUCGUGACCGAUACAUUAUCCAAGACAAUGUACUAACUAUAAAGUUUCUGGAAAAGGAUAAGGACGAAGCAAUGUACCAGUGCGGAGCACAAAAUCAACUUAAAACUUCAUUCUCCUCAGCGCAGCUCCGGGUGCUGUCUAUGAAACCGUCUUUUAAAAAGCAUCCGCUCGAAUCUGAGAUCUAUGCUGUUAACAAUGGCAAUACUACAAUUGUCUGCAACCCAGAAGCCGCACCACGCCCUAAAUUCCAAUGGAAAAAAGACGGUCAGCUAUUAGGCUCUGGAGGCCACCGACGCAUCCUGCCCAGCGGCACUCUAACCAUUGAUUUGACGACACGCGAUGAUGAGGGCGUUUACACAUGUAUUGCAUCAAAUCAAGCAGGCACCGAUCAGUCCCACGCCCGAGUUAUUGUUUUACAGGAAAUUCGGUUUAUUGAAACCCCUCCGCAACGCAUUGUUUCCAAGGAACAUGACUUAAUUUUCUUGCAUUGUGAGGCUGCCUUUGAUGAGCUGCUAGACAUAGCUUACGUUUGGAAGCACAACGGCGAAAUCCUAAAAAACAACCACGAUGGAACCGGACGUAUUAUUGUAGACUGGAACAGAUUGACUGUGCAUAACACCACCAUGCGUGAUGCCGGCGACUACGAGUGCGUAGUCAAGUCGGCGGUCAACGAGAUAAGCAGUAAGACCAGUGUGUCCAUAGAAGGAGCACCUGGCGCACCAGGCGGCGUUCAAGUCAUACAGAUCAGUAAGACUAAGGCCAUCAUUGAGUGGGUGGAUGGAGCCAACAACGGCCGCGCAAUCCGCUACUACAACAUCCUAGGACGCACCAACUGGAAUCGCACAUGGGUUAAUGUAUCAACUCAUGUCCAGGCGCGGGAGGUGGAUCGUUACACUUCGCGCCAACAAGCCGAGGUUGUCAACCUUACGCCGUGGUCGGCCUACGAGUUUAGCGUGACCGCCGUAAACGACUUGGGAAUUGGUACGCCGUCAGCCCCAUCACCAAUUUACAGCACCUAUGAGGACAAGCCUUAUAUAGCGCCAAGAAACGUGGGUGGGGGGGGUGGAAAAAUCGGUGACCUAACGAUUACUUGGGACCCGCUAUUGCCGCAAGAGCAGCACAGCCAUGGUAUACACUACAAAGUGUUUUGGAAGCUUAAGGGGGCUAUCGAAUGGGCAUCCGACGAGAUAAAGAAACAAGACCAUAUGGGCGUGGCAGUUGUUAAUAUUCCGCUCAACAACUAUUAUACGCAGUACGAGGUUAAGGUGCAGGCCAUCAACAGCAUAGGCAAAGGACCGGAGAGUGAAAUUGCUGUUAUCCACUCCGCCGAAGACAUGCCACAAGUGGCUCCACAAAAGCCCAUUGCGCUCGCCUUUAACUCCACAUGCUUCAAUGUCACCUGGCAACCGAUUGAUAUGUCCCGUGAGAACAUUCGAGGCAAACUUAUUGGCCACAGGUUGAAGUACUGGAAAACUACACAUCAGGAAGAAGAUUCCGUUUACUACCUGUCACGUACCACAAGAAAUUGGGCGCUGAUCGUUGGUCUGCAGCCAGACACCUACUACUUUGUGAAGGUUAUGGCAUACAAUGCUGCUGGCGAAGGACCUGAAAGCGAACGGUUUGAAGAACGUACAUAUCGAAAGGCCCCACAAAAACCACCGUCUUCAGUCCAUGUAUAUGGAAUAAAUCCGUCCACGGUGCGAGUUGUAUGGCGCUACGUUUCCCCCUCGCAGGACGAGGAACCAGUUGAGGGUUAUAAGGUUCGCAUUUGGGAAACUGAUCAGAACAUGAUCACAGCCAACAAUACCAUCGUGCCAAUUGGACAAAAACUUGAGUCCUACAUCAACACGCUUACGCCCGGAAAGAGCUACAACAUGCGUGUCCUCGCAUUCAGCAAUGGAGGAGACGGUCGCAUGUCCAGUCCCACUCUGCGCUUCCAAAUGGGUAAGACGACGCGUAAUGCUGCAAACACCCGAUAUGGCCACAACAUCAAUACGGCGCUUAUUUUAAGCACAUUGCUAUUCAUCACAACCUUUUUCUACACAAACCACUGAAUGCAGCACAAGUUUAGGCAGUAAGAAUAUAAACUAUACUAAGAAGUGACCUUAUAUGAGAGUAAGUAGUACAGCGAUAAAAAAAUAUAAAAACAUUCCAUUCGUGCUCUUUUGUAAACAUUAUAAUUUAUGUAAAUGCACUCCGUC